GAAGAAAGAAACAAAUUGAAUGUCACUCUGCUGAUGUUUUCCAUUCAAUGUCAUCAUAAUUAAAUUGAUUCUUUUUGAUUAAUUGUUUGUUUGUUUAAAUUGUGAUUUUUUCUUCGCUUGGAAAUAAAAAUGAGCGCUGGACACAAGGUUUGUCUCAUUGUAAUUGAUGGUUGGGGUAUUUCUGAUGAGGUUAAAGGUAAUGCAAUUCUUGCUGCUGAUACUCCGGUCAUGGAUUCAUUGGCAAAGGUUGAGGGUCAAUAUGUUACCUUGGAUGCUUCUGGAACCUCAGUUGGUUUACCUGAAGGUUUAAUGGGUAACUCAGAGGUUGGACAUUUAAAUAUUGGUGCUGGUAGAGUAAUGUACCAGGAUAUUGUUCGCAUUAAUAUGGAUGUUAAAAGUAAAAAAAUCCGUGAGAAUCCUUCAUUUGUUGAUGCCUGUAAUCGGAGUAAAACAAUUAGUGGUGGACGUUUACAUCUUCUUGGUCUAAUUAGUGACGGUGGUGUUCAUGGUCAUAUUGAACAUUUAUUCUCUCUACUUGAAGGUGCAAAAGCCAAUGGAGUGGAUAAAGUGUUCAUUCACUUUUUCUCCGAUGGUCGAGAUACAAGUCCAACUUCGGGUGUUACUUACCUGAAGCAGGUUCUAGAUAAAAUUUCAAGCCUCAAGUAUGGGUCACUUUCCACCCUUAUGGGCCGAUACUAUGCUAUGGAUCGGGAUAAACGCUGGGAACGAACCAAAAUCGCUUACGAUGGUUUAGUUCAAGGUAUUGGUGAUGUUGUUUCAGCCGAUAAAAUAAUUGACUUUGUUAAAUCAAAAUACGAGGAAAAAAUUACCGAUGAAUUUAUCAAGCCGGUUAUCAUUAAUAAGGAAGGUUUAAUUAAAGACAAGGAUACACUUGUUUUCUUUAAUUAUCGAUCAGAUCGAAUGAGACAAAUCGCUGAAACCUUUGGUCUUCGACGUAACUUUGAAACGGACAAAGUUCCUCAGGAUAUUAAACUGUACACUAUGACCAAGUAUAAAGAUGAAUUUCCAUUUGAUGUACUUUACCCUCCGGUGGUUCCAAAAAAUGUUCUAUCCGAGGUUGUGGCUCAUGCUAAGGUUAAACAAUUCCACUGCGCUGAAACCGAAAAGUAUGCCCAUGUCACUUUCUUUUUCAAUGGUGGACAAGAAGUAGCCUUUGACCAGGAAGAAAGGUGCAUGGUACCCUCUCCAAAGGUGGCAACUUAUGAUCUCCAGCCGACAAUGAGUGCUGCCGGUGUCGGUGAGAAAAUGGUUGAAGCAAUUGAAAGUGGAAAGUAUCAUUUCAUCAUGUGUAACUUUGCCCCACCGGAUAUGGUUGGACACACAGGAAAAUAUGAGCCCGCCGUUAUCGCUUGUACCACCACGGACAAGGCGAUUGGAGCAAUCAAAGAGGCUUGUGAUAAACAUGGAUACAUCUUAUUGAUUACCUCUGAUCAUGGUAACGCCGAGAGGAUGAUUGAUGAAAAGGGUGGACCAGUGACCUCACAUACAACCAACCGAGUACCAUUCUCAAUGACCGGUCCCUACAAAUUCAAAAAGUUGUCCCACAAUGCCGCUCUUUGCGACGUUGCUCCGACCGUAUUAUCCUUGAUGAACAUCCCGAUUCCCAAAGAUAUGACCGGUCAAUCGUUGGUCGAAAAAUAGAGGAAAACCAAAAGAAUCCCACUUCAACUCACAUCGAAUCUAAAUUAGUCAAAUUCUUAAUCAUCUUAACCAAAGCAAAUUUUAGUUUCUAAUUUAAUUCAAAUCAAAAUCUAUUUCUGUGUUUAAAAAGUUACAAAUUUCUCGAAAAUUGUUGCUCCAAAUUUCAUCAAAUAUUAUUUUUAGUUUGUUUCAAAACAAAAAGCUUAAUUGUCAACCUUUGGCUGUGAAAAUUAACUAAUUGUAAUCAAUACAAGUAAGAAAAAAAAAGAAAUCAAUUCAAUCAUGAAA